AUGACAACAGGCGGCGGUACAGCAGGAGCUCCAAGCUAUCCAAUGGCUUCAUUAUAUGUUGGUGAUCUUCACCCGGAUGUAACAGAAGCUAUGUUAUUUGACAAAUUCGCAAGUGCUGGUCCAGUUCUAUCAAUUCGUGUUUGUCGUGAUAUGAUUACACGACGAUCACUUGGCUAUGCUUACGUUAAUUUUCAACAACCAGCUGAUGCUGAACGAGCACUUGAUACAAUGAAUUUUGAUUUACUUCGUGGUCGUCCAUUACGUAUUAUGUGGUCUCAACGUGAUCCAGCUUUACGUAAAUCAGGUGUUGGAAAUGUAUUCAUUAAAAAUUUGGACAAAAAUAUCGAUAACAAAUCACUUUAUGAUACAUUUUCGGCUUUUGGUAAUAUUUUAUCAUGCAAAAUUAUGACAGAUGAAAAUGGUCAAUCGAAAGGUUUUGGUUUCGUUCAUUUUGAAACUCAAGAAGCAGCUGAUAAUGCUAUUAAUAAAGUUAAUGGUAUGUUAUUAGCUGACAAAAAAGUCUAUGUCGGCCGUUUCAUGUCUCGUAACCAACGUGCUGAUUUUGGUGGACCACGUAAAUUCACUAAUAUAUUUAUCAAAAAUUUUGGCGAUACAUUAGAUGAAGAAAAAUUACGUGAAAUUUUUGGAAAACAUGGAAAAAUUUUAAGCUUUAAGAUUGAAAAUGAUGAAAAUGGCCAAUCAAAAGGUUUUGGUUUUUGCAGUUAUGAAAAUCCAGAAGAAGCAGAAGAUGCUGUUACAAAUUUAAAUGGAUUUACAGUAGGCGAUAAACAACUUUAUGUUGGUCGAUUUCAAAAGAAAAAUGAACGAUUAGGUGAAAUUAAACGUAAAAAAGAUGCACAACGUCAAGAACGUAUGAAUAAAUAUCAAGGUGUCAAUUUAUAUAUUAAAAAUUUGGAUGAUACUAUUGAUGAUGAACGAUUAAGAAAAGAAUUUUCAAAAUUCGGAACAAUUACUAGUGCUAAAAUCAUGUCAGAAAAUGGUCGAUCGAAAGGCUUUGGUUUCGUAUGUUUCAGUGCACCAGAUGAAGCAACAAAAGCUGUAACAGAAAUGAAUGGUUCAAUUGUUGGUACGAAACCACUUUACGUUGCAUUAGCUCAACGUAAAGAAGAACGUCGAAUGCACUUAACAAAUCAACAUAUGCAACGAAUUGCUACAUCACGUGUUCCACCACAAAUGCAAUUACCAUUUCCCAAUGGAAUGGGUGGUAUGAUGUCCUAUUUACCAACACCAAUGGGUCCAUCACAACCACGAAACUUCUUCCCACCAACAGCUAUGCCAACUUAUCGACCAGCCCAACCACGUUGGUCAUCAACUGCAACUGCCGGUGGUAUGAGACCACAAGGAGGUCCUCAAAUGAUUGGCAUGCAAAUGCAACAAUCAGCUAUGGCUGCUCAACGAUCAGCUGCUAUGGCUAAUGCUGCAUCUCGUCAAGGUAUGCCAAUGGGAAAUCGACCAACACCAGCACCAGGACAAAUGAUGGGAGCUAAUUCUAUUCGACCACAAGGCGGUGUACAACAACAACCAGCAACAGCUUAUACACGUACAGCACGAAAUAUGCCACCUAACAAUCCUGGUGGAUUCGGAAAUUCAAUUGUUGUUGCUGGACAAGAACCAUUAACACCAGCUGCACUUGCUAAUGCAACACCACAAGAACAAAAACAAAUGUUAGGUGAACGUUUAUUUCCAUUAAUUCAACAUAUGCAACCUGACUUAGCUGGUAAAAUAACUGGUAUGCUUCUUGAAAUUGAUAAUACUGAACUUCUUCAUAUGCUCGAAUCACGUGAAUCACUCAAAGCUAAAGUUGAAGAAGCUAUCGCCGUACUUCAAGCUCAUCAAGCUAAACAACUUUAUGCAGCUAAACAAGCCGCAACUAACUCAGCUGCUUCAUAA